GGCGCGAUGGCAGCGCAGCGGCUGGGCAAGCGCGUGCUGAGCAAGCUGCAGUCCCCGUCGCGGGCCCGCGGCCCCGGGGGCAGCCCCAGCGGGCUGCAGAAGCGCCACGCUCGAGUCACCGUCAAGUACGACCGGCGCGAGCUUCAGCGGCGGCUGGACGUGGAGAAGUGGAUCGACGGAUGCUUGGAGGAGCUGUACCGAGGCAGGGAGUCAGAUAUGCCAGAUGAAGUCAACAUCGACGAGCUGUUGGAACUGGACAGUGAGGCUGAAAGAAGCCUGAAAAUCCAGGGACUCCUGGAAUCCUGCAGGAAUCCCACCGAGGUGAGGUUCUGUCCUCUCAUCUUUAAGGGGGGACUUCAUCCAGGAGCUGCUGGCCAAGCUGCGGGGCCUGCACAGGCAGCCGGGCUUCCCGCAUCCCAGCCCCUCAGAUGACCCCAGCCUGAGCCCCCGCCAGGACCGGGCGCACACUGCCCCACCCUGACUGCCGCCGCCUCUGCUCUCCGCCCCCAAAGCCCAGAUUGUUUUUAAGUUGUAUUUAAUGGUUCUGUAACUGCC